CAUUUGAAGGAAGGAGGCGUGACAAUAUUGACGAUAGACUCGGCUGAUAAACCGACUCGCCCCACACGCGACAGCAGUCGUUCGACAUAGAUAGAUAGAGAUAGAAAGAUAGAUAGAUAGACAGUGGGUGGCACAAAAUGUAAGGGACGUAAAUACCGCUAUAAGCAAGGGAGAUAACUAGAAACAUAUUUGCGUUUCUCAUAAGUCGAGGAAGUAAUCUGUAAAUAUUUCCCGCAAAAUCUUACGUAUUUGAUUCACUAUGGCAGAAGGUACUUCUGUUAAGGGUGUUGCAUCAAGCAGGUCUAAUAAGCGGCAAGGUUACCUUGAAUGGGAUGAUUACUUCAUGUCUUUCCCCUCUGCUCAACGUAGCAAAGACCCAAGAACUCAGGUAGGAGCUUGUAUUGUUAACGAAGAUCGACGUAUUGUUGGCAUCGGAUAUAACGGUAUGCCACGUGGUUGUAGUGACGAUGAUUUUCGUUGGUGCAAUGAAGGUGUCACUGAGCUAGAUAACAAAAAUGUCUGCGUAUGUCAUGCUGGGCUUAAUGCUAUUCUCAAUAAGAAUUCUGCAGACGUUCGCAAUUGCACUAUGUAUGCUGCUUUGUUUCCUUGCAAUGAAUGUGCUGAAGUCAUUAUACAGUCUGGAAUUAAAGAAGUCAUAUACUAUUCGGAUAAAUAUAAGGACCAAAUUACCUCUAAAGCUUCUCGAAUUAUGUUGGAUCGUGCUGAAAUAAAAUAUCGCCAGUAUCAACCUACAAACGGACAAAUUGUUAUAGAUUUUACUUCAUUAGAAGAAAAGAAAGACCGGAUUAUAAGUUCAGUUUUGUCCCUGUAG